UCAAGUCUAUCAGUUGUUCUUUAAAAAAAAUAAAUAAAUAAUAAUUGUGAAAAAUAUUCUUCUUAUACGGAAGACUUAGAAAAUAUUAAUUAAACAUCUUUUUUUCUCAAAUCAACAGGAAAUUCUAGAAAAUUCAGAAAUGGCGUUUUUACUGCUCGCAUCGUUUCUUGCAUUUGUCUCUUUGGCAGCUGCACAAGUCCCGUACUUCACAGGAUGUCCACAAGUUUCGGUGAUGGAAAAUUUCUCAGCGGAAUCGUAUCUCGGGACGUGGUAUGAAUACGAAAAAUAUCCCUUUAUCUUUGAAGUUGGGGGCAAAUGCAUCACUGCCGAGUACACUUACAGACCGGAUGGCAAAAUUGGAGUCACCAAUAGACAACUAAAUCGAAUUCUCGGAUCAGAAAACUCCAUUAACGGAUAUGCUGAGGCCGAUGUAGGUGAACCCGCAAAGUUGACUGUGACAUUCCCUUCGGUGUCGGCAAAUGGCAGUCCUUAUUGGGUUUUGGGCACGGAUUAUGAGAGUUACGCUGUUGUUUGGUCCUGCACGGAAUACGGAGGCCUUGCAAGUACUCGUGUAGCUUGGAUUUUGACACGAGACCAAAUGCCGAAAAUUGAAACCGUUCAGAAAGCGUACGAAGUUUUCGAUAAAAAUGGAAUUUCAAAGUCGUUUUUGAUGAAAACUAAUCACGAGGGAUGCAAAACAGACAUGAUGCGAGAACAUCAAUAAACUGUUUUGCUCUUGAGACUUAUUUCAAUAAAAAAAAUUAAUUUAAUUUAUUGAGAAAUUUGUUUUGAGCGACUGAAAUUGAAUUAUUUGAAUUUUUAUUACUCCAUUCAGGAAGAAAAACGAAAUAAGGCCGUUUUAAAUAUGUUUUGAAGU